UUCCUCCUCCUCCUCCUCCACCCCCCCCUUCCUCCUCCGCCCGCCCGCGGGGCCCCCCUCGCCUUCCCGCCCGCCCCUAUUGUUCCGCCCCCGGCCUCCCGCCCUUCCCCUUCCCGCCCGCUCCCCUUUUCCCCUCAGUCGCCUCGCGCCUGCAGUUUUUGGCUUUCACCCCCACCAGUGACCAAAGACUUGACCACUCAAAGUCCAGCUCCCCAGAAUACUGCUCGACAUGGACACCGGUGUGAUUGAAGGUGGAUUAAAUGUCACUCUCACCAUCCGGCUACUUAUGCAUGGAAAGGAAGUUGGCAGUAUCAUCGGAAAGAAAGGAGAAUCAGUUAAGAAGAUGCGUGAGGAGAGUGGUGCGCGUAUCAACAUCUCAGAAGGGAAUUGUCCUGAGAGAAUUAUCACUUUGGCUGGACCCACUAACGCCAUCUUCAAAGCCUUUGCUAUGAUCAUUGACAAACUGGAAGAGGACAUCAGCAGCUCUAUGACCAAUAGUACAGCUGCCAGUAGACCCCCAGUUACCCUGAGGCUGGUGGUCCCUGCUAGUCAGUGUGGCUCUCUCAUUGGGAAAGGUGGUUGCAAGAUCAAAGAAAUACGAGAGAGUACAGGGGCUCAGGUCCAGGUGGCAGGGGAUAUGCUCCCCAACUCAACUGAGCGGGCCAUCACUAUUGCUGGCAUUCCGCAAUCCAUCAUUGAGUGUGUGAAACAGAUCUGCGUGGUCAUGUUGGAGACUCUCUCCCAGUCCCCCCCGAAGGGCGUGACCAUCCCGUACCGGCCCAAGCCGUCCAGUUCUCCAGUCAUCUUUGCAGGUGGUCAGGACAGGUACAGCACAGGCAGCGACAGUGCGAGCUUUCCCCACACCACCCCGUCCAUGUGCCUCAACCCUGACCUGGAGGGACCACCUCUAGAGGCCUAUACCAUUCAAGGACAGUAUGCCAUUCCACAGCCAGAUUUGACCAAGCUGCACCAGUUGGCAAUGCAACAGUCUCAUUUUCCCAUGACGCAUGGCAACACCGGAUUCAGUGGCAUUGAAUCCAGCUCUCCAGAGGUGAAAGGCUAUUGGGCAGGUUUGGAUGCAUCUGCUCAGACUACUUCUCAUGAACUCACCAUUCCAAAUGAUUUGAUUGGCUGCAUAAUCGGGCGUCAAGGCGCCAAAAUCAAUGAGAUCCGUCAGAUGUCUGGGGCGCAGAUCAAAAUUGCGAACCCAGUGGAAGGAUCUACUGAUAGGCAGGUUACCAUCACUGGAUCUGCUGCCAGCAUUAGCCUGGCUCAGUAUCUAAUCAAUGUCAGGCUUUCCUCGGAGACGGGUGGCAUGGGGAGCAGCUAGAACAAUGCAGAUUCAUCCAUAAUCCCUUUCUGCUGUUCACCACCACCCAUGAUCCAUCUGUGUAGUUUCUGAACAGUCAGCGAUUCCAGGUUUUAAAUAGUUUGUAAAUUUUCAGUUUCUACACACUUUAUCAUCCACUCGUGAUUUUUUAAUUAAAGCGUUUUAAUUCCUUUCUCUGUUCAGCUGUUAAUGCUGAGAUCCAUAUUUAGUUUUAUAAGCUUCUCCCCCCCUUUUUUUUGGCUCAUGAAUUUUUUUUCUGUUUGUCAUGGAAAUGUAAGAGUGGAAUAUUAAUACAUUUCAGUUUAGUUCUGUAAUGUCAGGAAUUUUUCAAAAAAAUUAAAAGAUGGACUGGAGCUUUUUCUUUGUGAAUAGAAACUGGAUGCCACAGUGAUUCAUGUGGGUUUUA